AUGGCAGUUAAGGCAUUGAACCAAGCGAGAUUGGAAGCAAAUGUUAGAGUGUAUGGAAGUGGAAAUUACCAGAAGAAAUGGCCAAGUCCAUUUGUAGUCGCUUGUGGUGUUUUGCUUUUGGUAUCGUUUCUAAGAUACGUUUAUCACCCGGUUCAAUGGGUGGCUCUUGGAGCUGUUGCUGUUGGUAUAUUUGUUUUGAAAGCCAUAGCUGCCAUACGCAACUUCACACUCGAUAACAACAUUCUUAUGCUAAUUACAGGCCUUUUGCCUUGUUCUUCUGUUUGCCUAAGGGCUACUCACAAGGCCACUGCUGUUAUGUCAUCGUUGGUGAACAUGGUUCCUCAAAGAGCAGUAUUAGCCAAAACUGGAGAAGAAGUUGAUGUUGCUGAAGUCAAGGCGGACACAAUUCUAGCUAUUAAGGCAGGUGACAUUAUACCCAUAGAUGGUAUUGUUGUAGAAGGGACAUGA